GCUUCAGUUUGAAAGGUUGUCAACAUGAGCGAGGAGGUUAUAGAUCCUGGAAUUGAAACAGAAUUUGAAGUUUCAGAAGAGAUAUGCUACUGCAAUGGACCAAAGGACAGUAAUAUGCUACACUGUGUUCUAUGCCGGAGGAUGUUUCAUUUGGAUUGUCUGAAGAAUGGUAGGCCUAGCACUCUUGUGGGUGAUAUUUUCUUUGACCUAACAUGUGCAGCUUGUUCUUCUGAUGGUUUAGAGUCUUGCACCAGACAAGCCUUAAGCUGGCUACAAGCUGUUUACUUGUCUUUGUACAAUUUAUAUACCACCAGCAGAGGUCGAAAGGGUUACUUUAGAUGGAGGGAAGACAUUUGCCACUUCAUUGACAGAAACUGGCUAGUUUUAUUUCCCAAAAGGAGGAAGACAGCAACUUGGUGUAGUACGGUUGCUGGUAUUUUGUCGUCAGGAUGUCCUCAGUUUUUCAAGUCUGGAACAAAGGAAUUUAAUAAGGAAACCGGAUGGUGGGGAUUACAGCAGAACAUUGCACCGGCCAUAAAAUUUAGUGAAGCAGGAAGUGGGAGUACACGAAAAAGGAAAGGAGGACCUAUUGUUGUAGGAUCCAGUUCAAAGACCAGCAGCAAUAACUCAAACGAGGAGCAGCCAACAAGUAUUGGAGUGCAGUCAUCAUACGAGGAUGAACAUGGUACUAAGUCGUCUUCUCCUGAAGAUAAAAGUCAAUGUGAUGACCUCAUGUCUCAGUUGUUGUCUGAGGACGAUAUACGCGAACUUGCUGAAUCUCAUUCAGAUAUGGCCACUUUCUCUAGUUUGUUCUCGACAAGUUAUGAUGACAUGGACGAAACCUCUUCACUUUUUGCUGCUGAGGACGAAAAAUCAGAAUCAGAAAUGCGCACCGAGAGUGAAGCAAGACCAGAAGAUACCGAAUCCAUAUCCUCAAGCGCUGUAUCUGAUACGUCAAGUAAGAACCCGCGAUCUGACACGUUUCCGAGCAAGGCUAAAAGCAAAGCUGUAAAGAACCCUGCAAGUCUUGAUCAAACAAGCUUGUUUCCCGUGUCCGAAGACAAAGAAAAGGACAUUUUGCUCAGGAUCAAUUCUUGUCCCAAAGCAGUGUGUCAUGAUCCAGUGGCGAGGAGAUUCAGGAGAAAGCUGAUAUUAAGACAGGUUAAACGAUCCAAGGGUUUGAAAUUAUUCGACCUAGACAAGACCGUCUCCGAGGCCGUGAGCGCAACGUUGAGAUAUCAGCUGACUUGUGAUGGCGCUGUUCGUAUUGAGUGUGACCAAUUCUUGCAGUCGUCUUCUCCUGAAGAUAAAAGUCAAUGUGAUGACCUCAUGUCUCAGUUGUUGUCUGAGGACGAUAUACGCGAACUUGCUGAAUCUCAUUCAGAUAUGGCCACUUUCUCUAGUUUGUUCUCGACAAGUUAUGAUGACAUGGACGAAACCUCUUCACUUUUUGCUGCUGAGGACGAAAAAUCAGAAUCAGAAAUGCGCACCGAGAGUGAAGCAAGACCAGAAGAUACCGAAUCCAUAUCCUCAAGCGCUGUAUCUGAUACGUCAAGUAAGAACCCGCGAUCUGACACGUUUCCGAGCAAGGCUAAAAGCAAAGCUGUAAAGAACCCUGCAAGUCUUGAUCAAACAAGCUUGUUUCCCGUGUCCGAAGACAAAGAAAAGGACAUUUUGCUCAGGAUCAAUUCUUGUCCCAAAGCAGUGUGUCAUGAUCCAGUGGCGAGGAGAUUCAGGAGAAAGCUGAUAUUAAGACAGGUUAAACGAUCCAAGGGUUUGAAAUUAUUCGACCUAGACAAGACCGUCUCCGAGGCCGUGAGCGCAACGUUGAGAUAUCAGCUGACUUGUGAUGGCGCUGUUCGUAUUGAGGAUAACAACAGACUGCCAUCAGCUACUGAAGAGGUCUCUCAAGGAAUGCUCCAGAAACAGAGAAUUUCCAGUGGUCCUAGUAUUGCAGCCCGUGGCACAGCGGAGAAUGUCCUUGACAGAUUUUUGGCUUCUCCUCGAAUGCUUCCCAGCUUUCGCCCCAGGACCUGCUCGUUCAUAACUCGACUAAUUGGCGGUGACUCUCAGACACUCUACAGACCCAUCACCAGUCCCUACACGUCCCGAAUUCUAAAACCUUUCAUCAGACGAGAUUACGAGAGCAGGCCAUUGAAGUUACAACUGUUACAGCAGAUUAUCGCUCGUGGUCACAGGGACGAUCCUGAGUGGAAGCCGCCUCCAGUUUCUUCAAUUGAUUACUGCUAUGUUCAGCCUCAUCAUAUUCCAUCCGUGAACGCCAUGUGUCGGGAAUUUUUCUGGCCAGGAAUUGACUUAUCUGAGUGCCUUCAGUAUCCAGACUUUAGCUGUGUAGUUCUCUAUAAAAAAUUUGUCAUCGGUUUUGCCUUUAUGGUCCCGGAUGUUAACUAUAACGAGGCUUAUAUCUCAUUCGUGCUAGUCCACCCCGAGUGGCGCCGCGGAGGAAUUGGAACCUACAUGAUUUACCACUUGAUUCAAACUUGCAUGGGAAAGGACGUAACACUUCAUGUAUCUGUCACGAAUCCAGCCAUGCUUAUGUAUCAGAAGUUUGGAUUUAAACCUGAAGAAUUCAUACUGGAGUUUUAUAAUAGAUAUCUUCCACAAGAUAGUCCCCAGUGCAAGCAUGCGUUUUUUCUAAGGUUGAGAAGAUAACGCAUUAUUGAAAAGGCGUGAAGAUUUAAAAUAAUGAUAAUGUUCAGAGGAUGCUGGAAUAUUUUCCCCAAGGUGUACUGCUGGAUGUUGGAAUAUUUUACCCUGGGGUACUGCUGGAUGCCGGAAUAUUUUGACCCAGGGAUACUACUGGAUGCUGGAAUAUUUCACCCCAGGGAUACUACUGGAUGGUGGAAUAUUUUACCCCACGGGAUAAUACUGAAUGCUGGAAGAUUUCACCCCAGGGGUACUACUGUAUGCUGGAAUGUUUUACCUCAGGGGUAAUACUGAAUGCUGGAAUAUUUCACCCCGGGGUUACUCCUAGAUGCUAGAAUAUUUCACCCCAGGGGUACUACUGGAUGCUGGAAUAUUUUACCCCAGGGGUAAUACUGGAUGCUGGAAUAUUUCCCCCCAGGGUUAUUCCUGGAAUAUUUCACCCCAGGGGUACUAAUAAUCCCCCACAUAGACCUUAUUCCCAAGAUAAUCCCUCUCAUGCUAUCUUUAGAUCACUGCCGGUUUUGAAAAUCCCACGAGGGUCUAGAAAUAGCCAAUCCUGUGACGGGGAUUUUGGCCACGUGGACACCGUAAAGCGCCUUUACACGCAUUUUAAUCCUGCACUAAAACAUCCACGGACCCCAGUUGACCGUGUCUUAAGAACAAAAGCAAUUUGCUCCAAACGCAUGCGCAGAUUAGUUAGCGUCAAAAGCCGACUAUAUGUCAGGUGAAAGAUACAUUUCAUACGGGACUACCCACGAACGUUGAGUUCUUUUCCUUGUGGUAGAACAUAACAUGUAAGAUGCAUGUGUUCUAGCAUUGCUAGUGUAAUAAACUCCGUUCUCUAUUUCAGAUGCACGCUGCUUUUAUUUUUUGUUUACGAGUGAUACCACGCUCUCGUUUUGGCCGGGGAUAGCAGCUAUAUUUCAGGUAACGUCGGUUCUCCUUUUUUUUGUUGCAAAGAACGCUACUUGGGCUUCGUAUUUUCUGGAUUCUUCUAUUCUUCGAUUCAAGAAAUGUCUGUUGUGUGUUUACCAGGGUUCAAAUAAAGAAUGGGAACAUGUUGUC